UUUGUGUUUUAAUUUUUUAGAUAUGUUAAUUAAUUUAUCUUUUAUAAUAAAAAGAUUUUUGCGCAAUGGACGUAGACAUUGGGACAGUUUUUGUGAAUAUACAGAACUUCCUGGUUUUCGUUUUAUGACAUCAAAAGUAACUUAUAUUGUUAGAAUUGUAGCAAUAACAACAUCUAUUUUUUGUUUAAUUGGAAUGUGUGCACAAUUAUAUUAUUUAAUUUUACAAUAUUUAAGAAAUCAAAUACAGACAUCUUCUAGAAAAUAUAAAAUACAACAUAUGGCUUUACCUUUAGUUUAUUUAUGUCAUCCACUUGAUAGAAAGUUUGUGGGGGGAAAUUUGAAGAAGAGAGAAAAUUUUGUUUAA